UUUGACCCAAUGAACCAGGCAAAUACACUGAAGUGAAAGCAAUAAAGAGAGCCUUCCCCUCAGACAGGAAGCAGAACUGAUACGGAACUGCCAGUUUUUGCGAUGAGCGUGUGAAGGGAAGAUAACUACUUUAAAUGUGCGCAGCGAGUGCUCGGCCCUGGCAGACGUAACCGCCAAAGAAGACGUUAAGACAAGGACGCCUAGGUUGCUGUGUCAUCACAAGAUCUACCUCGGCAGAAACAGUGAAAAAUGUUACUUUGCUCCCUUGUUUCCAUGGGAACAUUUUUUUUUUUAGAAAGUCAGUCGUUCCGUAUUUUCUGUUCCUGAUUUGCAUGUGAUGCAGUUCAGCAGGCUGCGAGCACAUUAUGCAGGAUGCGGGUCUUGUGACAAGUCUUGUGCCAUCUUUUCCUCUCGCACACAACCCUCGCUGACUCCUCCUCGCACACCAGGUCGGGGCUUCAUUUGUUUCUGCUCCAUCCUGGGUGGACCGCGACGAUUACAGUGUACGUCUGAUGUCAUCGCUGGCUGCGUGAGUCUCCACAAGGGGAGAGAAGAGCGCUGAGUACCUGCUGCCACCUGGCGACAGUAGAAGCUUUCAGACAGAGAAUCUUGUCCUUCCAGUCGCUACAACGACUCUACAACCAUAGCCAAGAAUGGAGCGAAUGCACGGUCCCCUGUGGAUGGUGGUUCUGGUAGCGACGAUGACCUAUCAGGUCCAUGGCAAUGAGUCGCGUACGCACCGGAGUGUGCUGCGCCUCUCCACUGGUUGUCAGCCUCAGAACAUCCAGGUGAACAACUUCAACCACAUUGUUGUAUCCAACAAGAAUGGAGAGUUGCAGCGCGUGCCUGGUCACCAGAUGGCGUGCGAGGCGCACUUCAAGACGACGCUGGCCAAUCACGGGCUGUGCGUCAGCGUCAGUCACUCCACUUCGCUGGGGAGCCACGUGUGGAUCGAGUUCCUCACCAACGCCUUCGGGCCGGACAAGGUUAUUCGCAGGCAGCCAGCUUGGGAGGAGAAAUGGUGUACCCGAAGUUCACUGCUAACUGUCCGGGUGUCCACCAACGGGCGGGUAGUUGAUGAAAGUUUCACGUAUUACGAGUUCACAGUUACCAACGUGUCAGCAGACUCCAUCCCCACUUUCUACUACAUGGAUUCCUUUGUUGACUGCGGCUUCAACCAUUCCCUGUCUCCUGGAAAGGAAGUGACUCUGGUGGCCGAGCGUGAGCCGCACGUGAGCCCCCAUCUUCCGCCGACCUGCACAGUCUCCUUCCUCAGCACCAGCGAGGAUGAAUACGAACAGGUCUGCAUGCGAUUGGACAUCUUGCCCACGGACUCCGCGAAGCACCCUUUGAAAGCUGCGCGCGCAGCGUCGCCAGAUGGUGAAGACGUGCAACGCAGCCUGGACAUCGAGGGACUCAACUCUCAUUUCUACUCGAUACAAAGAGCUAUCUCGGGAUCCAUCGUGUGCUCAGAAAACAAGUUGCUGCGCCUCACGCUGAUCCGGAACCAGACAACUCCAGUCAACUUCCGGGCGACCAUCAGCAGCCGCUGGCACGAGUACUGGGAGAAGGAGUCCAAGGAGGCGGCGGAGCUGCAUGGCCUGUCCGUCGUCAAGAACAUUACCUACUUCGUCGCCACCAUCGACACACUCAUCGCCCUCUUUGCAGCUGGUCUGAGCUACAUGCUCCGUAAGCCGAGGGGCCCCUGGAAGCGCUGGGCAGACAACUUCAACGCGCAUGUCGCAGCGCAUGCGCCGCAGCCGUAUCCGCCUCAACAAGAGCAGGGGACCUACGUCUCUCACAGCUGUCAGGACGACUCUGUUGGAUCCAGUGUGUCCAGCCCGGAUAUUUCCCUAGGGGCCUACCCGGAGCUGCCAGGGGAAAUGCAGGCAUCCAGUGAGGUACACGUGGAGGCUCAUACCUUCUAGAGAUGGGAGAACGUCACUGGUGAUGAGGGUCAGCACUUCCAGACACAAAGACUACGUGUCAAAGUUAUUGAAGGAGUUCAAAUAUUGAGAAUGUUACAACCAGACAUUUUGAAAUGCUGUUUUCCUUCCUCCCCACUAACUAUAACAGUCUUUGUAAAUGGAACACGAAGAAGGAGCUACCCCUCCGAGAUUCAGACCAUUAAAGCUGGAUAAUUGCAUUUCGUAAUCAUAUUACUGUGCAGUGGGUGCGAUCAUAUUAAUUACAGAUGAUUUUUUCAUUUUCAUUGUCCCCGCUCACAAGUCUAAGCAAGCAUAGAUCUUUUACUUUUCGCUUCUGUGGAUGCAAGGGUUUUGUACUAAAUAACCCAAAAGAUGGAUUUAUUAUCAAAAUACUGGGGAAAAAAAUACGAAAGAAAGGAAAAAAUACAGACUUGGAAAUGGCGGAGACAGACCAACGCUCACCUGCUCGAGAUGCCAGGAUCAAGAGUCCAGAACCGAACUUUUGGCUGCCAACCAUUCUGAGGAAUGAGGUUGUUGUACUUCAACUCGUAGACACCAAGCUGUGGUUUUAUUUAUUAAGCAUUCUCAUGUGUGUGUGUGUGUGUGAGAGAGAGAGCUGCUUUUAUUUGUCCCUCAAUAACAAUUGCCUGACAAGCAAGUUUCUAGAAAUGGAUGUAACCAAUUUUCAACUAAUUUUGCUUUAUGCACACCAGAAAGUAGUGUAUAGUCUAUUAAAUAGUUUUACCCAACCAUUCAAAGAGCCAGCAAGCCAUCUGUGUGAGAAAAGAAGAGACUUGCAAGAAGACACAAGCUGGUCUAAUGUGUGCUUGUGUCGAGAUGAUGCUGACUCUCUUCGCUGUGAUAACCGUGGGAAAGUUUUCAGAUCAUUGAUAAGAAGGAAAUUUGAUGUUUUCAGAAGCUGUGUACAAACCACGUAGUGUGUAGCGACAAACGCAUGUAAAAAUUCUACUGGAAGAAAAUCCUGGGGCCGAUCUCAUGAGCCGUCGUAUCCUGCUUCUCAGAAAUUUCAAGUUGCCUGUUUGGUUUCUUUGGUUUCUUGGUUUGUAGCAUGCUUCUAUGUAUGAAAAGGAGACGACACACGCUCGUGCAUCCCGGCCCAGGUCCUUUGAUAUGUUUGUCUGUAGAUAGUUGUUAGUAUUGUAGAAGUCUUACUGUUCACUGUUAUAAAGAUUAGUGGUAUGGUGUCGAUGUGGUUAGCGCCUGUUCCCAACAUAGUGAAGAUAGGCUGACCUGAGUUCGGACCUCGUCUCAGGCACGCUUUUUCUUGUCUGCAACUGAGUUGAAUUAAACUGAUCACA